CAGUCACUGUGACCGAGAGCAGAAAUGGAGCAGAAUCAGCUGGACCCAGAAACUUUCUCCUGUUCCAUCUGUCUGGAUCUACUGAAGGAUCCGGUGACGAUUCCCUGUGGACACAGCUACUGUAUGAAGUGUAUUAAAACCCAGUGGGAUGAAGAGGAUCAGAAGGGAAUCCACAGCUGCCCUCAGUGCAGGGAGACAUUCACACCGAGGCCUGUGCUAAAGAAGAACACCAUGCUAGCAGCUCUAGUGGAGCAGCUGAAGAAGACUGGACUCCAAGCUGCUGCUGCUGCUGACCACUGCUAUGCUGGACCUGAAGAUGUGGCCUGUGAUUUCUGCACUGGAAGAAAACUGAAAGCCAUCAAGUCCUGUUUAGUCUGUCUGGUUUCCUACUGUAAGAAUCACCUCCAACCUCACCUUGAUGUUCCUGGAAUGAAGAAACACAAGCUGGUGGAGCCGACCAAGAACCUGCAGGAGAACAUCUGCUCUCGUCAUGAUGAGGUGAUGAAGAUGUUCUGUCGUACUGAUCAGAAGUCUAUCUGUUAUCUCUGCUCUGUUGAUGAACAUAAAGGUCAUGACACAGUGUCAGCUGCAGCAGAAAGGACUGAGAGGCAGAGAGAGCUGGAGGAGAGACGAGGAAAUAUCCAGCAGAGAAUCCAGGACAGAGAGGAAGAUGUGAAGCUGCUUCAACAGGAGGUGGAGGCCAUCAGUCGCUCUGCUGAUAAAACAGUGGAGGACAGUGAGAAGAUCUUCACCCAGCUGAUCCGUCUCCUCCAGAAAAGAAGCUCUGAGGUGAAGCAGCAGAUCAGAUCCCAGCAGGAAACUGAAGUGAGUCGAGUCAAAGAUGUUCAGGAGAAGCUGGAGCAGGAGAUCAGUGAGCUGAAGAGGAAAGAUACUGAGCUGGAGCAGCUCUCACACACAGAGGAUCACAACCAGUUUCUCCUCAACUACCCCUCACUGCCAGCACUCAGUGAGUCUACACACUCAUCCAGCAUCAACAUCCGUCCUCUGAGACACUUUGAGGACGUGACAGCAGCUGUGUCACAGCUCAGAGAGAAACUACAGGACGUCCUGAGAGACUCAUGGACAAACAUCUCACUGAUGGUCACUGAGGUGGAUGUUCUGCUGUCAGAACCACAACCAAAGACCAGAGCUGAGUUCUUGAAAUAUUCAUGUGAAAUUACACUUAAUCCAAACACAACAAACACACAGCUGAAAUUAUCAGAGGGAAACAGGAAGGUGACAUGGAUGAAUGAACCUCAGUCUUAUUCUAAUCAUCCAGACAGAUUCAGUGAUAGAUCCCAAGUUCUGAGUAGAGAGAGUCUGACUGGACGUUGUUACUGGGAGGUGGAGUGGAAAGGGAUUGUUUCUGUAUCAGUCGCAUACAAGAAUAUCAGCAGAGUUGGCAAUAAAUGUGGAUUUGGAUGUAAUGACAAAUCUUGGGCUUUAGAUUGUAAAGGUUCUAGUUUUGUUCACAACAACAUCUGGACCUCCAUCUCAGGUCCAGUUUCCUCCAGACUAGGAGUUUACCUGGAUCACACAGCAGGUCUUCUGUCCUUCUACAGCGUCUCUGAAACCAUGACUCUCCUCCACAGAGUCCAGACCACAUUCACUCAGCCGCUACUGGCUGGAGUUUGGAUUGGGAAUAGUUUGUGGCCUGUAUCCUUUGCAAAGUUCAUUAAACCCAACUAGAUUUCCUCUCUUCUCUCUGAUCACUGAUCAGGCUUCAUGGUUCUGCUGUUCUGUUCUUCUUUAUUUCUCUGCUUUAAAUGUAGUUCUUCUCAGUCUCUUUGCUCCAGGAACCAUUAAUGAUUUCUGCUGAUGUUUUCUUUCAUUCUUUUAUGACACAGAACUGAUCUGCAGAACAAAUGUUGUUUAAAUCUGUUGAUUUUGAUGUGAAAUUAAUUUUCUUCUGUUUUCUUUAUUGUGAUCCAAAGAAAAACUGAAACUAAAUUUGCCUUUAAACUGAUGCUGUUUUCUUCUCUAUUCUUUAGAUUUAGAUCAGAGAAAUAAAUGUCUGUUGUUCUGUUUGGCAUUAUUUAAUAAAACAACUGGAUUACAGA